AUGCAGUCGGACAUCAAGGCUGGGCAGCGGCCAGCGAAAUGCUGUAGACGCACCAGAGAGAAGAACGCCAACUUCCCCCGCCGGCCGACCGCCUACAAGCAAGACAAAGCGAGCACAGCAUCGACGCAACGACUCGAACGGACAAGCCACACAUGUCCCGAAGUCGGGCAAGACCAAUGCGGGACGCACGACCAGACCGCAAGGCAUUUUUGCGAACAGGGAACAGCCGCCGAGCGCCAGCGAAUAGCAAGGCGUCACCAGGCUGUUUUCUCGGCUGUCGCAGGCGGCGGCGGGGCCUCGGAAGGGUGGAAACGGCGCGCCAGAAUCGGCUGGGCCUUCAGCCGCAACGCCACUAGCUCGAGGCUUCGGAGCUAG